AUGCUACAGCCGGGCAGCAAUAUCAUGGUGGAGUUCCAGAUGCCAAAAGAGGCCGAGGUGGGCACCACGAUCGAGCUGAGAUGCGAAUGGCAUUUACUGGGUGGGAGCCUCUACUCCGUUAAAUGGUACAAGGACGAUCACGAGUUCUUCCGAUAUCUGCCGGACGGCGCCCAAAAGACCCUGAUAUUCCCUCGGCCCGGAGUGAAAGUCGAGAAACAGCCGAGCAGCGAACAGCAGAAAUUGAUAAGAUUGAAGGACCUCGUCUUGCAGAGCUCCGGUCAAUACAAAUGCGAAGUCUCCACCGAGGCGCCGUCGUUCGCCACCACUUAUCAGACGGCCAAUCUGACGGUGAUUUCACUUCCGAAGAGGGGACCGGAAAUCACAGGCCUGUCCUUGCAGUACGCCGUCGGCGAGAACGUGACUGCCAACUGCAGUGCCUGGCCGUCCGUGCCUAAGGCCAAUCUACGUUGGACCAUCAACGGCGAUCCGGUACCACUCGAGAACACAGUCCAGCACCCGCCGUUGGAGCCCAUGAGCAACGGAGAGAUUCCCAACAGCCUGGGGCUGCGGUUGAUGAUCGAGCCGCGACAUUUCACGAGUGGCGGGGCGAUCUUGAUCAAAUGCAUCACCGAAGUCGGCUCGCAAAUGUUCGAGGUCGAUCGUAAGGUGAUGAAGGCGUACGCGAACAACCAGAGGCUCAGCGCCGGCGACAUACACGCGGCUGCACGCAGCAUUCGCGCCGGCCUCCUCGCUCCACUACUGACAGCGAUCCUCGCGCUCGUUUUGCUCACAACGUGACCUAUCGGCCUCCUCGCGUGAGUCGGCCUCCUCGAAUUGGAAUUAUGUUGUGGCGCGCGCUCCAGAAACGCGCGACAGGUUCAGUGUCAGUUGUCCGAUCCUUAAAUAUAAAGUUAGGUUUAGCGAUUAAGCGGCGAUAGGCGAUCAAUCGGUCGAUCAGCUCGCCCUCGAUCAAACCACGCUUUCACGUUCAGCGUCGCAUCGCUGUCGUAUUUGCUUGUCGUCAAAUUGCUGAGGAAACAUCGAAAGACACGCGGGAAAAUCUCGUUGAGAUAAGACGAUCGUAGCGAUUAUAAAGAAUAAAUUUCUGUUCAUCAUGACUCUGCAUUAAUUAUUUGGUCCACGAAAUAUUUUUACGUUAAUUAUAUCUUGUUCUGUUGCCGUGCACCCAGAAAAAAGCUUUAGUUAGGUUAAACAAACGAGACACGUUGAAAUCGUGUUUCUUUGAGCGAAUCUGUUAAAUUUUUACUUACUUCUACUAAAACGUUUGGCUAGAUUUGGAUAAAUAGACGUGAGUUCUCUUAGAAGUUCCAGCCUCGGUCAAAAUUGUGGUAAAAUCAUUUCUUUGAAAUUAAGCAAAAGUCUAGUGAGGUCAAACUUCCAAGAAAAUGUGUUUGACCCAAAGAAACUUCUUUCUGGGUGUGACAAGAACUUGUUAGAUAUGAUUUAAAUAUUAUACAAUAUUAUAUAUAUACACUUCGUAUGAUAUUAUCAAGAGUGGGAGGAUCGUUUUGAAAUCAAUAUUCCGUGGCUGUAAUUUCGGUAGGAAAUGGUUGGACGAAUGCACCUCCGCAUAUUUUAAGCGACUUUUUAGAUCGGCAUUCCCCGUGUUAAACGGAUACUUAUUUGAAAGUUUUCCCGUAAUUUUCGUGGAGGUUUCUCUUGCUAUCUCCUUUCGAUUUCCCCUUAUCAUAUUUAAGUCCCAAUCUUUUUAACGAGUUCCAGAUCCGCGGGAGGCUCCUUAAAGUUCUCCCCUCGACUUCGGCCCGCAGUCGUCAUGAACUUCUCAUUGAUGAUUUUCAGAUUUCACGGUUUCAAAAAUGUAAACGUUAGGAGUCAGAGAGCGCGAUCGCGAAACUGUCGAAUGAUACAUUUGCAAUUUUCCACACACUUCGUACUCUCCUAAAUUCGCUCUCAAGACCAUAAGUUUUUCCGACGUUCAAAUGCAAUUGAACGCAAAUUCGAAAAGUGUCGCGCGUAAUUCGCGUUUCACUGUAUUCUCGUAAUCAAGUCCGUUCUAUUUUAUACUCCGACAAUUACCGCCGUGGGGUUUAGACAGAACUAGCCGUACUUCAUAUAGCAUGCAUGUCGUACCGCGGAGAUAUAAAUUCUGGCGCAGCGCGUGCAAAUUCCGUUUUACGACACGCGUGAGAUUAACUACCGAAACGCGUAUAAGUCACUACACCACGGCGAAACGCGAAUUACGUAUAAAUCGAUAAAUGGAUUUGCCGUGCCGGCAUCAACAAAACCGGAUUAAUAAUUCGGGUAUCUCACAUUGUAAAAUUGCAAAUGCGCGGUUGCGCCGUUACGCAGGUACAAAUAAUUUUAUUGAAAGAGAGGCUCCCUUACAGGAUCGCGUAAAAGUUUAAAUUCGUGAUUAUUUCGACAAAAACAAUUUGCAUGCAACGUGAAUAAUGACUAAAUAACGUCGAAAAUCCAACCCAGAGCGAUGCAUUCGCUCCGUAGUAAUGAAAACAUAUAAUGUAUAAUAGAAUCCAAAAUUAGUAUACCAAUAUUUUAUUAUCAGCGCACCGUUCGUUCGGCGGAAAUUUCCAAUUAACAAUUCAAUUUUCGUAUUUUUCCCCCCCCCCCCGAUUCUUUUUACAAAAUGUAAUCGGUCACGCAAUAUGGCAUUCUAUCCGCAAGUAAAUUCUCGCGCGUGAUUAUUGUUCCAUCGUGAAAUUGCGUGCAAUCUCCCACGAACGCGCAGUUCGGUGAUACAUCUGGCGAUCUUCGAGCGCGUCACGUACGAUCGUCCGACGAAUCCGACGGAUUUUCACUUGGCCGAGCGCAGCGCGGCCGUUUCACGUGUUUCGCUACCGACGACAAAAGGGGUUUGGUCACGAGAAGCGAGCGCGGACGUGCGGAGAACGGGAGAAAAUCCUGAGAGGGAGAGGACUCGGAGAAGACGCUAUAAAAAGAGACGAGCAAGCGUGACAGGAAAGUAAGGGAGUGCGCGUGAGAGCAAGUGCGAGGCGGAGAAAGUGAAACAAAGUUCGCGUAGCCGCAAAGGGAGAAAAAAAGUUGCGGGGCGAGCAGGGAGGCAGGUGUGACCGAAGUGGAGACGCGAAGUUUGACUUCAAGAAUGAAAGUAGGUGUGAUAUUAUAGUAUCUAAGGUGCGACUCGCCGGUCUUCAAAAGUGGCCACCCCCCCGCGUUUGAUUCUCCAGCAAACACAAGUUAACUACCGCACAGGUAGUUUUUCCUAUCGUUUAACACGUUCUUCAGCGAAACUCGAACGCACGAAUUUUCCGCAUUCUGUUCCGAGGGACGGCAAUUUUCGCCUCGUACAAAAUUGAUGCAAAUAUCAAUACGCAAGACGAGUCGAGACUGCGCAUAAUUUCAUUCGAAUUACCGAAUCGAUUCCGUUCACGGACAGGUUCGUUUUUCGCAAAGUCGUAAGUUAUGGACGUGGCCAACUUUCGAAGAAAGCGAGUGACUAACGGAAAUAAAUGAAAGCGUGCUUUAGUGGAAACGAGAGGAUGAACGCGACUGGCCUCGCCGCACAUAUCACAUCACCGACACACGUUAACAUAUGCUUAACACACGCAUGAUACAUUACACUAUCCAUACACAGGCACACCAACACUACAAAUGCACGCGCCAACGCGCGCAUGAGCGCGCGUAUGUCUGGAUUAAGAGAUGGAAGGAGCAACCAACCCCCGCAGGGUGCGCAGGAUACACAUAUAUCACGAGACGGUUUCCUUUUGAUCGCUAUCGCUCAUCGAUCCGAGCGUUAUUUAUUGGCCGUAAUAAUUUACGAGAGUUCGCGGGAGGGACACGCUCUGCAACGCGCAUAAAUGUCGCUUCCGGUAUUCGGCGAUAUUCGGCCGAGUCUUUGUGCCUGUGUGCGUAACAUUCGCGUGGAUCGAUUCGCGGAAAAUUACGGCGUGCGUAAUCAAAAGAUAUUCCCAAAGUGCCAGGAACACGCUCCUCUCGUAUCGUUUUUCCGAUUGGACAUAUUUGUGAGCGCUACGGAAGAAUCCGUCGAAAAUAAUGGCGAAACAGCAGUUUACCGUGUGCACCACUGUUUAAGUCCCAGUCUACAGUGGACGAUUUAAGCCCUAAGCCAUGAGAGAAAUUGAACCAAUCACACACCCUUAGAAAGGAUUUCUGUUGCCGAGACAAAAACUAUUCUUGACGCAUUUAUAUUUCUCACAACC